UAUAUACUCACGGAAACGAUGGAGGUUAGGGGUUCGUUUACGAUCUUCGUCUCGCUUUCGCGAUGGUGGCGAUGCUUUCCGGCGAUAUCCCUCCGAAUCAAACCAUUUACAUCAACAAUUUGAACGAGAAGGUCAAGAAAGAAGAACUGAAACGGUCCCUCUAUGCUUUAUUUUCUCAAUAUGGAAGAAUUUUGGAUGUGGUGACCCUAAAAACAGCAAAACUUCGAGGCCAGGCAUGGGUGGUCUUUGCUGAAGUUACAGCUGCUAGUAGUGCAGUACGGCAAAUGCAAAGAUUCCCGUUCUUUGAUAAACCAAUGAGGAUACAAUAUGCAAAAACAAAAUCUGAUUGUGUUGCAAAAGCAGAUGGAACUUUUGUUCCUAGAGAAAAGAAGCAGAAGCAAGAAGAGAAAGCUGCUGAAAGGAAACAUCGCACUGACGAGGCACAGCAAUCUGCUUCUGCUUUUAGUGGUCCAAAUGCUCAAACUGGUGGAGUGUCCGCUUCUCAAGCUUCACGCCAAGGAAAGACUGGUUCUCAAGAGCCUGCUGCUGCUCCAAACAACAUUCUUUUCAUCCAAAACUUGCCUCAUGAAACAACAAGCAUGAUGCUCCAAAUCCUUUUCCAGCAGUACCCUGGUUUUAGUGAAGUCCGGAUGAUUGAAGCGAAGCCAGGUAUUGCCUUUGUGGAGUUUGCUGAUGAUGUACAGGCUUCAAUCGCGAUGCAGGCUCUCCAAGGUUUUAAGAUCAGCCCACAAAACCCAAUGGCCAUCACCUAUGCCAAGAAAUGAGGAUGUGUUGGGUGUAAGUUUUGUCUUAGGAUGUCAUGUAAAACAAGUCACAAUGCCGAAUUUCUUCUCAAAAGAAUUAUGUUCAAGGUCACUCGGACUUGAAGAGGUCUUGAAGAGAUUAGUUUACUUUUUGCUGGACAGUUAAUCUCUGCUCCUAUUUGUAUGACUGUACUUCCUGAAAUGGUCUACUACUAUGUUAUACAUGCUUUGGUUGAUGAAUUGUGUA